AUGUGUCUCUCUAUCACUGUCUCUCUCUUUUUGACUCUCCCUCACUUUCUUUUUGACUCUCCCUCACUGAUCUCUGUGUCUCCCCCCCUCGCUGAGUCUCCCCCUCCUUUGUCUCUGUGUGUCUCCCCCCUCGCUGAGUCUCCCCCCCUCGCUGAGUCUCUGUGUCUCCCUGUGUCUCCCCCCGCUGAGUCUCUGUGUCUCCCCUCCUGUGUCUCCCCCGAGUCUGAGUCUCUUCUCCCUGUGUCUCCCCCCUCCUUUGAGUCUCUGUGUCUCCCCCCUCCUGAGUCUCUGUGUCUCCCCCCUUUGAGUCUCUGUGUCUCCCCCUCGCUGAGUCUCUGUGUCUCCCCCUCGCUGAGUCUCUGUGUCUCCCCCUCGCUGAGUCUCUGUGUCUCUCUCUCUCUUUGUCUCUCUUGCUCAAUCUUUCUUGGUUUAAGUUCCAGUACAUUUUUUUCUAUUUCUUUUUUUUUUUUUUUUAAUUCUUUUCUUUUUCAUUCUUCAUUUUUUUCAAUCCUAUCUUUCUUUUCUUUGUUUUUCUUUUUUCUUUGCUUUGUUUUACUUUCUUUUUUCUUUCUUUAUUUUAUCCUUGUUCUUCUUUAUUUUUUCUUUGUCCUUUUUCUCUCUCUCACUUUUUCUUUCUCUCUCUCACUCUUUCUUUCUCUCUCUCACUCUUUCUUUCUCUCUCUCUCUCUCUCUCUUUCUUUCUCUCUCUCUCUCUCUCAUUCUUUCUCUCUCUCACUCUUUCUCUCUCUCUUUUUCUUUCUCUCUCCUCUUUCUUUCUCUCUCCUCUUUCUUUCUCUCUCCUCUUUCUUUCUCUCUCUCCUUUUCUUUCUCUCUCCUCUUUCUUUCUCUCUCUCCUCUUUCUUUCUCUCUCUCCUUUUCUUUCUCUCUCUCCUUUUCUUUCUCUCUCUCUCUUUCUCUCUCUCUUCUUUUUCUCUUCUCUCUCUUUCUUUUCUCUCUCCUUUCUUUCUCUCUCUCCUCUUUCUUUCUCUCUCUCCUCUCUUUCUUUCUCUCCUCCUCUCUUUCUCUCUCUUCUUUUUUCUCUCUCUUUUCUUUCUUUCUCUCUCUCACUCUUUCUUUCUCUCUCUCACUCUUUCUUUCUCUCUCUCACUCUUUCUUUCUCUCUCUCACUCUUUCUUUCUCUCUCUCACUCUUUCUUUCUCUCUCUCACUCUUUCUUUCUCUCUCUCACUUUUUUCUCUCUCUUUCUCUCUCUUUCUCUCUUUCUUUUUCUCUUUCUUUCUUUCUCUCUCUCUCUCUCUCUCUCUAUUAUAUUUAUAUAUCAUGUUGA